UCCAACAUGAUGCAAUCAAGACUUUCAGCUGCAUUCUCUUUCUUGUUGGGUUUGUCAUUUUGCCUGACAAUCCCUAUUCCUGUUGAAGAUAGCCAUGAAUUCACAGAGAAAGACCUUCAGUUUGCAGAGCGCUAUCUCAGGACUCACUAUGAUCUCCGUCCAAAUCCUGCUGGCAUAAUGAGGAAGAGUGCCAACACAGUGGCAUCUAAACUUCGAGAAAUGCAAGCAUUUUUUGGCUUGGAGGUGACAGGCAAAUUAGAUGAAGAAACAUAUGAGCUGAUGCAGAAACCAAGAUGUGGUGUCCCAGAUGUGGGGGAAUAUAACUUUUUCCCUAGAAAACUCAAAUGGUCAAAAACUAAUUUGACAUACAGAAUUAUGAAUUACACUUCAGAUCUGAGACGUGCUGAAGUAGACAGAGCUUUCAAAAAAGCAUUCAAAGUUUGGUCUGAUGUGACACCGCUUAACUUCACCAGAAUACGAAGUGGUAUAGCUGAUAUCAUGAUCUCCUUUGGCACUAAAGAACAUGGUGACUUUUACCCCUUCGAUGGACCCUCUGGAUUACUGGCUCAUGCUUUCCCCCCUGGUCCAGACUAUGGAGGGGAUGCCCAUUUUGAUGAUGAUGAAGCUUGGUCAGAUGAUUCUAGAGGGUAUAACUUGUUUCUUGUUGCUGCCCAUGAAUUUGGUCAUUCACUGGGACUUGAACACUCUAGAGACCCUGGAGCUCUGAUGUUUCCAAUUUACACAUACACUGGAAAAACUGGUUUUGUGCUCCCUGAUGAUGAUGUACAAGGGAUUCAAGAGCUCUAUGGUGCUGGAGACAAAGAUCCCAAUCCAAAACAUCCCAAAACACCAGAGAAAUGUGAUGCAGAUUUAUCACUUGAUGCAAUAACAGAACUUCGUGGAGAAAUGCUGAUCUUCAAGGACAGGUUUUUCUGGCGACUGCACCCUCAGAUGGUUGACGCAGAACUGGUGUUACUUAAAUCCUUUUGGCCAGAGCUUCCAAAUAAAAUAGAUGCAGCUUAUGAAAACCCCAUCAGAGAUCUUGUGUUCAUGUUUAAGGGAAAGAAAGUCUGGGCUUUGAAUGGCUACGACAUAGUUGAAGACUUUCCUAAAAAGAUAUAUGAAAUGGGGUUCCCAAAAGAAAUGAAAAGAAUAGAUGCGGCAGUCCAUAUUAAAGACACUGGCAAGACUCUCUUUUUUACUGGAAAUAAGUACUGGAGUUAUGAUGAAGAGGCGGAGGUUAUGGAAGCAGGCUACCCCAGGCUGAUAGAGGAAGAAUUUGCAGGAAUUGGUGAUAGAGUGGAUGCAGUCUAUCAAAGAAAUGGUUAUCUCUACUUCUUCAACGGACCGCUGCAGUUUGAAUACAGCAUCUGGGGCAAAAGAAUUGUCCGUGUCCUGCAUACUAACUCCAUAUUUUGGUGCUAAUUACAGAUGAAUGCCAUGUCAUAGACUGCAGAGCAGCUUGUAGUACAUGGAAAUAAUAAUAUGGGCAUAUAGAUUUAUUAGAGGACAGCUAGGUUCUGUGAACAAUCACUGGCUACCUACCACCAAAUGUAUACUGUAUAUAUGGAACUAUAUAGCUGUAUGUCAGUCUGGGACUGAAUUAACUUAAUAGGAAUGAAGAAAAGAAGUUAUUAGCAUUUCAAGGGGCAUUACACAAUUUAAAGUUUGUCUAGUAUUAAAGUGAGAUGCUGGAUACAUCCUACAUGAUCAUGAGCACUAUUAAUUCCCAGUAAUCUGAGCAU